CGCUGUAGCGGGGCGGGGGGCGGAGGGAGAAGGAUGAGAAGGGGGGCGAUGCCCCGCGCCGAGCACAGCCCGCCGCGGUGCUGAGCCGGCGGGGCUGGAGAGCAGCGGGACAUGGUACUGGAGCCUCCCCGGACGCUUCCCGGGUGAGGAGCCGGAGCGCGGCGGCGGCGGCGGGGAGAGGCCACGGCGAGGGAGCCCCGAGGAUCCGGCUGGGGAGCCAUGGGGAGAUGCAACGGGCGGUGCACGCUGGUGGGAUUCUGCUGCCUGCAGCUGGUCGCGGCGCUGGAGAGGCAGAUCUUUGAUUUCCUGGGAUACCAGUGGGCCCCGAUCCUGGCAAAUUUUUUACACAUCAUGGCCGUUAUUUUGGGCAUUUUUGGGACCAUCCAGUACAGAUCCAGAUACCUCAUGAUGUACGCGGUGUGGCUGGUGCUGUGGGUCGGCUGGAACGCCUUCAUCAUCUGCUUCUACCUGGAGGUCGGGCGCUUGUCACAGGACCGAGACUUCAUCAUGACCUUCAAUACCUCACUGCACCGCUCGUGGUGGAUGGAGAACGGGCCGGGCUGCCUGGUGACCCCCGUGCUCAACUCCAACCUGGCGCCCGAGGACCACCACGUCAUCACGGUCAGCGGCUGCCUGCUGGACUACCAGUACAUCGAGGUGGUGAGCAGUGCCACGCAGAUAUUCCUGGCGCUCUUUGGGUUUGUCUACGCCUGCUACGUCAGCAAAGUGUUCCUGGAGGAGGAAGACAGCUUCGACUUCAUCGGCGGCUUUGACUCCUACGGGUACCAGGCACCACAGAAGACGUCACACCUACAGCUACAGCCGCUCUACACGUCCGGGUAACCUCCUUCUGCCCUGGAUCCGGCCCCAGAGCCAGCGGUGACAGGACCCCCCUGGAGCCACCACACCCUCGAUGACACAACCCCUGGAGAGGGGGAGACACCCCCAGGAGCACCCCACGACACCCCAGAACGGAGCCAGGAGCUGCACAUCUGUCCCAGCCUGGAGGCCUCCGAUCCCAAACCGCUCCCAGCAGGAUGUGGGGGGUGGACACAGAGGGAUCCCUCCCAAGCUGUGCCACCCCUCUGGGCUCCAGCACCCCCGGGAUGGGGACAGGGGGACACGCAGGAGGUGGCAAUGCUCACAGGACACUCUUUGUUCUGUUUCUCCCAGCCUGGCUCUCCUUGGAGCAGAGGGGCCCUUCCCGGUGUGCCGGGAGCCCGGAGUGGGAGUGGGGCAAAACCAACCAGUUUGGAGCAAACUGGGACCAGGGGCAGGGGACAAACACUGCUCUGGGGACAGCAGGGCACACAGAGCAGCAUCGGCCUCCGUGGGGUUGGGACAAUUUCCUGAAACUCUGGAUUUGGGGGUCGGACUGGCUCCAAAAACAGGGGAUCUGCUCACAGAAGGAAUUUUCCAGGCCCCCCCCAGUUGGAUGAAACAGCAUUGAAGGGGCUUGGUCUGGGAUGAAGAGGAGCCUCGAGGAGCUGGAGCUGGACAGCAGCAUCUUUCCUGGACCCCCCAAAUCUGGGGACAGGGGAGGACACACAGCACCCCAAAAACCCCCCUGCCAGCCCCUUCAUCCCUCCCCCAUUCCUGGGGGGACCUCUCCAACCCGGCAAUAGCGACGCUGCUUUUGGUGCAGCCCCUUUCUGGCUGUUUUAACAAAUCUAAUGAAUGUUUUGGGUUGGUUUGUUUUUUGGUUUGGUUUUUUUUUUUUAAUCAUCGGUUUGGGUUUUUUAUUUAAUUUGAAGUGCCUGAGUAGACUCUGGCUGAGCCCCUCCCGAGGCCAACAUCGUGCCUUCAGCAACACUGUGCCCCCACCAGGGCUGCCCCUGUGCCCCCCAGCCUCUCACCCAGGGGCCUCCCUCCAGCCCCUUCAUCCACGGGGGGGUCUCGGUGGCAAAUUCAUCAUCAGCUCCAGUGGCAGAAGAGGGAUGUUGGCACGAGGGGAAUGUUUUUGGGGGGGGUGGAAUGUGGGAGGUGUGUUGGGCAGCAAAGGAAAACGAGCUGGGAAGGAAAAGCCUCAAAAGCAGGAUCCAAAAAACAAGUUCCCUGAAACAUCCCAGCUCCACCAGCCCUGUUGUUCUCUUUUAUUUUUUUCCUGGAGGUGGGAUGAGGCUCCUUCAGGAUCCCUGGGUCUGGCCCCAAGCCCACCCUUCGCAUCGGGGAGCAGGGGGUGUCAGAUGAAUUCCAACUCCUGAGUGUUUGUCCUUCAGUUCUGGGGUAUUUGGGGACUUUUUGUUUCACCCUGGAGUGAUUUUUUCCAGUGAGGUGAAGUGCCACCACCCCGAGCUGGGAUGAGCUGCAGCCACCCCACAGCCCCUGUGCCGCCUCCAGCCGAGCUGUGAACUCUACAGGCAAUAAUUUAUCCACCCUUUCUCCCUCUUUUUACUGAGAAAAACCGUGUUUUUCAGGCAAUGCAUCCCCCCUCGUCCCCCAAAACACAUCCCCAUCCCCAAGGGCUGCCCAGCCCCAGGACCAGCAGCAUUUUUGGGGUUUAUUUUCCUCUCCAGGACAAAGGAUCCUCUCGCUGACCUGCCAUGGGAUGGGAUGGGAUGGGAUGGAACUGGCAGACACUCCCCUGCUCCAAACCCUUCUCAAAUCCAUCAGGAAGCAGAAGGACAAGGUUGCUGGCCUCUAAGACUCUUGGAGAGAGCUCCCUGCCCCGGGCUCGGCGGGAGCCAGGCACCGGCGCUCCGCCACCUUCGCUUUGUUCUUUUCUUUCCGUUGGCUUGGUUUUCUAUGAGCCUGUAUUUGUAAUGUGAACCCAGGAUUUCUUUUCUAUUCCGUAAUUAUAAAAGUCGAAGGAAAGUUUCA